GGUCGAAGUCAAUGAUCAAGAAGUUAUAAAGGAUGAGAAGAAAGGCUUAGAACCCAAGACUGAAGCGAAACCAUGCCGCGUCAAAGUCGAUUACGUCAUUGUAUUCUCUCUAAAACCUUUGAAUGGGAAAAAGAUUGAUGAUAAAGCAAAAUAUUCUACCACUUUAAAAGAAGAAUAUACGAAUUUGUUAUCUAGAUUACAUCAAGCUGGAUUAAGCGCGAUUGGUAGACCAGGUGCGAAAGGUAGUGAUGAGUUACUGAUCCUGGUGACUGCUCUUGAUGAAUCUAGAAUCACAAGAGAAGUAGAAAGUGAAAGGAUGUUAGAUUGGUUACAUGGUAUUACUUGUGUUAAACCUCAAUCUCAAUCAGAUCCAACAUCUUUUUCUUCUCAACCUUACAAACCAUCCGAUCGAUUACGUCAUUUAUACAACAUCAUCACUCAAGAAUCAAAUCCUUCAUCAAGUGAAUCUCCUUUAUCACCACAACUUCAUCGAGCAUUAUCAGGUCCAGGUGCAGGAAUCAAUCCGGGUCGUGCUCCAUUCGAACAUGUUAAAUCCAUCUUUCCUCCACACGAUCUUGAAUUUAAUCAUCAAUGGAUCUCUAGAUGGAGUGAUCGAUCUCAUUUUUCAAUUAAAAUACCACAAGUUGAAUUAGAUCAAAUCAAAGAUAUCUAUGGUGAAGGAAUCGGUUAUUAUUUUGCAUUCCUUAACUUUUAUUUUCAAGCUUUAAUUUUACCUUCUAUGAUGGGAUUUGUGAUUUGGAGUUUUGGCAUUAAGCUUUCGACGACUUAUUCGAUAGGUUUGAUCUUAUGGUCUUUAGUCUUUGUUGAAGCUUGGAGUAUGAAAGAACGUUUGUUGGCUAUCAGAUGGAAUUCUUUGGCUUGUUAUAAAGUGGAGAAAUGGAGAAUUCAAUUCAAGCCCGAAAAAGUCGUCAAGAAUGUGAUCACCAAUGAACUUGUGGGUCACUUUCCUUGGUGGAAGCGUGAAGCCAGAAAACUUGUGACAGUGCCGGUCUUGAUCAUUUUUGCAAUGUGUCUCGUUGCUAUUAUCACGGGUAUCACUGCGAUUGAGUUGAUUGUAGGUGAGGUGUACAAUGGUCCGUUUAAGAAAGUCUUGUCACUUUUACCUACCGUCUUGUUCGCUGCUUGUGUUCCUCAACUUGUCUCGUUAUGGAAAUCGGUGGCUAUCAGGCUUGUUACUUGGGAGAACCAUACUUAUGAAUCAGCUUACGAUCGAUCACUUACGAUCAAGAUGUUCAUUGUCCACGCUUUAGUCGCAUAUGCCAGUCUGAUCUUGACAGCAUUUGUUUACGUACCAUUUGGAUCCCUUCUGAUCCCUCACUUAGCAAAAUUCACACACAAAAUGAUCAAACAUGACUCAAUUCCAGUAGAAGGAAAAGCCGUGAAAUAUUUAAAUCAACAAACUUUUAAUUGGUCAACUUAUUCGAUUGAUAAUCAAAGACUUUAUCAACAAUUGUUUGCAUAUAUCUUUACAAAUCAAGUUGUCAAUAGUUUUACGGAGAUUGGAUUACCUUAUUUGAUUAAAAUCGUUUCGUUUAAAUAUAAUCAACUUAUUGAAGAACGUCAAAAUAAAAAAGAAUCAGAUGGUCAAGUGUCUAAGAAAGAUUUAAUGGUGAUUCCUGAUUUGGAAGAUGAGAAAGUUUUGUUGGAUAGGUUGAGAGAAGAAGCUGGGUUACCUGAGUAUCAACUUUUUGUUGAAUAUGCUGAGAUGGCUAUCCAAUUUGGAUAUGUUGUUCUCUGGACUUGGCCAAUCGCUCCAUUUGCUUGUUUUAUCAAUAAUUUCUUUGAACUACGGACUGAUGCAAUCAAGCUCACCAAACAAAGUCGAAGACCUAUACCUACUCGAAGUGACUCAAUCGGACCAUGGUUAGAUGUACUUGGUUCUUUGACUUGGUUUGGAGCGGUUCUGAAUACAGCUCUUGUAUAUCUAUUCCAACCAACUCAAGCGAUCAAUGCAUCUUCAGUUCUUAACACUCGUCAACACGCUAACUCAACUAUCAAUACUCCUUUUACAAAUGACACUUCAUCAAACCAAACAAUCUUUACGAAUUUAUUAGAAGCCACCAUCAUCAAAAGUAAACUAAAUCAUUCACAGAUCACUAAAACAUCUAAUCAAGAAUUAUAUCAAUCAUUAUUAUCAAUCUUAUUUUCGACUUUAAUUCCGAUUUUAAUUUCAGAACAUUUAUUUUUGUUUUCCAAAGGAUUAAUUAAAAAUAUCAUUAAUCGAUCUAUGUGGUUAGAUAGUGAAGCAUUUGUUUUGAAAAGAAGAUCAGAGUGGGAAUUAAAACAAACUUUUUUAGAUCGAUUAGAUUCUUCUGAUUGGUCUUUAAUCUUGAAUGAUGCUCAUCAGCAAAAGAAAGGAGUUGAUGAUCAGUCCAAAGUUAAAGAAGAUGGUUUGUCUAAUGAAACUUUUUGGAAUCGGGAUGAUUUAGGAUUAGAAGAGAUUAAUAGGAUGGUCAAGGUAGAUUGAGGAAUUUGGAAUGGUUCUUUGGUUUUCUCUUUUCAUUGAUUAUUGCUCAAGUUAUUAUGUGUUCAAGAAAAAAGAAUAAGAAGAUUGUAUGUAUUUUUUUCAAGGUUGUGGGUUCGAUCCAAAAUUGACAAUGAAAUAAAUGAUUAUUAGUCACUUUUCGC